AUGGAAAGUACUACUACUACCACAUUAUUUAUUCUUGUUGUUCUCGUUAUUGGAUCAUUUGCUGAGGUGAGUGAGGAUGAAUAUAUUUAGACAUUUGAGGUUUCUUCGAAAUUAUAUUUUUAUUCUAUGACGUGAUUCAUUCAUUUUUCAGAGAUGGCAAUUCGGCGGUGAUAAUCGGUAUUACGUGAGUUUAACUGAAUCGAAAUCAAAUUGAAAAUAAUUUCUGAUUUUAGGAUCUGGCUGAUAAGCGAGCGUUGAAUGCUCACAUUCGAAAGUCGAGUAUUCUUUGGGGAAAACGAUCAGGAGAUGUAAGAUUUUUGUUUCCCUACAAACCAAUCAAUUCGAAAUCUUUUCAGGACAUUGAAACCAAGCGGACAAUUCCAGGCCAACUUCGAAAAUCAAGUAUGCUUUGGGGUAAAAGAUCAGGACUUGAGGUAUGUGAAAUAUCAGCAGCUGAAAAAUUUAAACCAGCACAUCAUGUCAUUUCAGAAUGAAAUGGCGUGGGCUCCAGACAACUCGGAAGAUUUGAUUGAAACAGUGAAGAGAAGUGAUAUGAUGGAGAGAGUUGCAAAAGGAGCACUCCGACCAAAAUUGGCGUUGAGCAGCAUUCAUUGGGGAUAA